AUGUCUCGACGGCGGACCCAUCGCAAGUCGCGCGGGGGCUGUCAUGAGUGUAAACGCCGACGCGUCAAGUGUGACGAGGUGCGACCAGAAUGCUCCAAUUGUCAAAAACGCGAAGAAUGCUGCAGCUACCCAGCUCCUUCUUUCUUGGAAUGGGGAAAGGAACGUCCCAAAAACAACAAGAAAUCGCAUCCAAGUCCGUCUUCUUUAAGUGAGGAAAAUCCCUUCUCGGCAUUUGAAAAGCUGGGAUCAGCGCAUCACGCCACCGGGCUCACCACGGAGCUUAACAUGACCCAAUUGGAGCUCGUGGCACACUGGUGCCAUGUGGCAUACAAGUCUCUCUCUCGCAAUGAGGAAACCGACCCAGUCUGGUCGCAGUAUGUGAUGGAAGAGGCCGUUGCGUGGCCGUUUCUCAUGCACGGGAUCCUGUCAUUGUCGGCCCUUCACCUCGCACGGCUCAGGCCAGACAAUCGAGCCGCUUAUCUGAGUUUAUCGGUAGCCCACCAAGACCCUGGGUUGUCCUCUUUCCGCGAGCAAGUCCUCCAGAUUACUCCCGCAAACGCGAAAGCCAUGUUUGUAUUUUCAUCCAUCGUUGUAGCGUUUGCUUUUGGAUACUCGGUCACCGCUUCACCGCAAGAUCAGGGCCUCGAAAUCCAUACGACGUCUCUGGAAGAGUUACUCAGGGUGCUCCUUCUCGCUCGAGGAGUGAUCCAUAUCAGCAAAGUUGCCAGCGAGUGGAUACAAGAGAGCAAUCUUGCUCCGAUCUUCAACUUCAAGCACCCUGAUGUCGCUGUGCCGGAUGACGUGGCCCAUGCACUGGACACUCUUGACGCCCUGAACCUACACUGCCAGUCUGACAGUUUAACGGACACUAGAGAGGCGUAUCAGAAGGCAAUUGGUGAGCUUCGAGUGCUAUCAUAUACUGUUUUCUCCGGGCACCCCACACUCACCCUGGCGGUCGGGUGGGCGAUUCGCCUGUCCAAGGAAGUAUUGAAAGAUCUGCAGACCCACGAACCACUAGCACUGGUGAUCCUCGCGCAUUACUGUGUCUUUCUUCACCUCGAGCGGGGCCACUGGUGUCUAGAUGGAUGGGGUGCUGCGGUCAUGCGUGACAUCUGGCAGUCCCUGGACGAUAGCUGGAAGCCCCAUGUGCGUUGGGCAAUGUCGAAAAUAUUCGAGUCCUCAUAG